AUGAAUGGAUUCAGGUAUACUGAAGGUUCCAAAAUGAUUGUUAGCAUGUCUAUUUCAACGAACGAUGCUGAAUUGGUUGAACUAUUGCAUGAGAAAAUGGGGACAGAUAGUGAAAAUAUUCAAAUCGAUAUUUCUGGAAAAUAUCCAUGCUCAUUUCAAGGUAACAAUACAAGGUUCAUUGAGUUUAAAAUUGAGAAUGAUCGGUCCUUGCUACAAUUUUUCGCCAUACCUCAAAAAUUUGCGGAUAAGAUUGAUAUAAAUAUUUUGGAGAUUUAUGUAAAGACCAAGUCAACAAAUCAAAAUAAUGUAUUUCAAAUGAGUGGUCAGCAUGGUUAUCACAUGAAUUUGUUGGCUCAAAAUUAUGGAUUUGCUAUGGCCAGUCCUAGCAGGCAUGGUCAUCGAUCAUUUGAUGAAGGCUCAAGUAGUCAAAGACAUAUUAGUUGUAGCCACAGAGAAUAUGAGGCCAGAGAAGCUGAGGCCACCAUUGAUUUGUAUAAUGAUGCAAAUGCUGAAAUUAGCUCUGAAAGUUCAGAGGAUGGCAAUCCUUCAGGAGAUGAUGAAGAGAGUGAAAUAGAAAGUGAACCUGAUGAAGAUAUCGGCGAUAUUGGAGAUUUACUUCAAAAUAAUAUUGGCGUAAAUCCUCAUGAUCAAUUUGGUCAUGGUGUGUCUGAAACUCCAUGUCAUGAUAUACCCUACUUUACGACAUUGGAGAACGAGGAAGAUAUAUUUAUCUCUACACGAGAAUCUGAGAUGGGAUGUUGUUCAGUUUGGUCCAAGGAUGCCAAAAAAGACUUGGAAAAAAAAAAUAUGUAUUUUAGCAGCAAAGCAGAGUUGAAACGGGCCGUGACGAUUUGGAGUUUGUGCAAAAAUAAAGAGUUCGAGGUGGUUGGAUAUAACCUUUGGAAGAUAGGAAAGUAUGUUGAUAAUCAUAGAUGUGAGACUGAAGGGCUUACGACAAGUCAUGCCAACCUAGAUACCAAUUUGAUUGCAUCCUUGUUUCUAAACAAAAUUCGAGAAAAUCCCAAGUUGUUUGUAGUAGAUGUCAGGACUCAGGUUCACGAGAAAUUUGGUCAUCAAGUGACAUACAGGAAAGCGUGGCUUGGGCGUCAAGAUGCAUUUGAAUUGGUGUAUGGUGACUUUAAAAAAUCAUUUAGUGAACUUCCUAAAUAUUUUGCAGCUUUUCAGUACUUUAAUCAUGGAACAGCUGUGGAAUGGAAACACGUAGAGUCUAUGAGUUCACUAGAGGUAAAAACUUUCAAGUUUGUAUUUUGGGCUUUCAAGCCGAGCAUUGAUGCGUUCCACAUGUGUCGCCUAGUUAUUUUAGUAGAUGGAACUCAUAUAUAUGGAAACUAUGACAUCAAAUUAUUAAUUGUUGUUGGAAUUGACGGGAAUGAUAACAUUCUCCCUCUAGCAUUUGCUAUUGUUGACAGGGAGUCGAAAGAGGCUCUGAAAUGGUUUUUUAGGAAUCUGAGCGCACAUGUGAUAAAGGAUAGAGAAGAUAUAUGUGUGAUCUCUGAUAGGGCAAAAGGAAUUUUGACUAGUUUGUCGGAGUUGCGGUGA